CUAAAAAUGGUAUAUUUCAUUUUUUUAAGCAAUCUAUUGGUUUUCUGAAUUUCUCCCAACAGCUGGUUCUCUCUUCCUCUCAGCCACUGCAACUUAUACCCCUCUCGGCUCCUUGCUAAGGAUUCUUGAAAAUCUAUUGGAGAUUGCUAGAUAUAUAUGGCUCUUUAAGUUUUCUGAGAAAUUCAUUUGGGAUUUUGUCAAUAUCUGAUGUACUUCCACCAGAUGUUAAUUUCAUGUCAUCACUCAAACCAGGAGCUGGGAUUAGGGAAUGGGAAACUUUCCAUUUUUCUAGGUCUCUCAAAGUCCCGUAUUCCCUUGAAAUCCCUAGCGGGCCAGCAUGAAAUCCUCAGCAUGUGAUAUUUCCUAAGUGAAGAUUAGAUCCAACAUUUUGAGUUUUAGCUUAUUUUGGUUCCAAAUAUAUUUCAGUUCUUGUGGGGAGAGAUUUGGUAGCGGCCAUUAUUUUAUCUUGUUGAAACGCCAUGUGUAUAAGGUGGCCGAGGGUUUUGACACCUACAGACCUCUCUGUGAUUAUACGGAAGCAGAAAAACCCAUUAACAGCUCUCCAAAUCUUUAAUGAAGCUAAAUCUAUGUACCCAAGUUACCAUCAUAAUGGUCCAGUCUAUCUCACCAUGGUUGGAAUCCUUGGAAACUCAGGUCGAAUCACUGAGAUGAAGGAGGUGAUUAAUCAGAUGAAAAAUGACUCGUGUGAGUGCAAGGAUUCAGUUUUUGUAGCUGCAUUGAAGACAUAUGCUAGAGCUGGAUUGAUGGAUGAAGCGUUUUCUUUGUUUAAGAAUAUUCCAGAAUUCAACUGUGUGAAUUGGACUAUGUCUUUCAAUACCAUCUUGGAGAUAAUGGUGAACGAGUCGAGGUUUGAUGAUGCUAGACGCCUUUUCUUGGAGAAUUGUUGUAAAUGGGAAGUGAGCUCUCGCAUUCGAUCUAUGAAUUUGUUCAUGCGUACUCUGUGUGAAAAGGGUCACUCGGAUGUUGCUUUAAGAGUUUUCCAAGAGAUGGAUUAUCAGGGUUGCUGUCCGGAUAGGGAAAGUUAUCGGAUUUUAAUGAAAGGAUUGUGUCAAGAUGGCAGGUUGAAUGAGGGAACUCAUUUGUUGUAUUCAAUGUUUUGGAGGAUUUCUCAGAAGGGCAGUGGUGAGGAUGUUAUAAUCUAUAGAACCUUGUUAGAUGCUUUAUGUGAUAAUGAACAGGUUGAAGAAGCAAUUGAAGUUCUUGGUAAGAUAUUAAGGAAGGGACUGAAGGCUCCUAAUCGAUCUCGAUUUCGCAUUGAUAUCAAUCAAUGUAGUAAUGUUCAAGAUAAAGAGGCCAUUAAACGAUUGAUUAAUGAAGCUCUGCUAAAAGGUGGGAUACCUAGUUUGGCUAGCUAUAGUGCAAUGGCAAUUGAUCUCUACAUGGAAAACAAGAUUAUUGAGGCUGAUAAAGUUCUCAAAGAAAUGCAAGAUAGAGGUUUUCAGCCAACAUCAUCGGUUUAUGAAGCAAAGUUGGCUGCUUUAUGUAGAAAAAGAGAAGUUGAUGAAGCAGUGAAGGUUAUUGAAGUGGAGAUGGUGGAGGCUCACUGUGUACCAACUGUUAAAUUGUACAACAUAGUCAUGAGAGGCCUUUGUGAUGGAGGAAAAUCGGCAUCAGCUGUUGGGUAUUUGAAAAAGAUGGUUAAACAAGUGGGGUGUGUUCCUGAUAAGGAAACAUAUGAUAUUUUAGUUGAUGGGUUGUGUCGUGAGGGAAAAUUUAUUGAAGCAAACAGAGUUUUGGAGGAGAUGUUAAUCAAAUCUUAUUGGCCAUGCGUUGACACUUUCAAUAUACUUAUUAGGGGUCUUUGCUCUGUGGGUAGACAAUAUGAAGGUGUGAUGUUGUUGGAGGAAAUGAUUAACCAGGGUAAGUUACCUGAACAUUCUGUGUGGAAUUCUUUGGUGACAUCUCUGUGUUCUAACAUGGCUAACUACAAGAUAGACUAUUAUGCCUGUGACUAGCUGAGAAGCUCAUUGAGCAUUUAUUAUUUGUCUUGAGCUAUGUUUGGUUGGAAGGAAUA